GAUCCAAUUACGUAUAUGUAACAAAUUGUGAUUCAGGAAAUUGAUAUUUUUCAAACACGCACUCAGUGUGUUUGUUCCUUCGAUUCUGUGAGGUCAAACUUAAAUGCAAGAAACAUGGCUAGAUUUAUUUUGCUAACUUUAGGCGUUGUUCUACUAGUCAGCUCAACAUAUUCUUCAGAAAGAUCUUCUUCGAGACAGAAAAGGCGAGCGUUUAUACCGUUUUUCUUGACUAGAACUACUCCACAUCCAGAUCCUGAGUACAGAUUGAACAUUGAAACAGGCCACUACAAACGUCAGGAAAUGUCAGAUGGCCAUGGAAACAUCAAAGGAAAGUACACCUACUGGAACGAAGGAGGUGAACACACAAUCGACUACUUUGCUGGCCAAGAUCCCAGAUACCUCUCAGCUGCCAUGACACUGCCUAUCCCAGGGGCACCAAUAGUACCCAAGUACUUCUUCUUACCACGUCACGUGUACCCUUGCGCAACCAAUCACACCAAGGAAAAAGAUAAUAUUGGAUAUACUGUAGAGCCAUUGGACACUACGGAAGUUCCUACGGGGAGUACAGAAGAUUCUACGGAUCAAACUACCGAGGGGAGUCAAACAACUGUUGGUAGUGAAGAAAAAGAAACCACUACGAUGGGAGCUUAAUUAUUAUUAUUAUUAUUUUGUUAUUCAGUAUUAACUCUGUAUACCUGUAUGUAUACAUUUUAUAAGCUAUUGCAAAUAAAAAUGUUCUCAACUUGAA